CUUCAUAAUGGUCCAGCCCCUCUCUGGGACAAGACGAUUCUCUAACAGCAAGGGACGGCUUUCCAGAUUGUCCUAUCGCGUGUUGCAGCCUUGACAACUUUCGCAUAUUACAAUUAAGGAAGGGCAUAAGCGACUGUGGGGAACGCUUCGUUUCGCGUCUUGUUGCUACUUGUUUUAUUUUUUCGUCUACUUGCGUGUUUUUCCCGGACUGACUAUUUCCAGGGGGUUAAAUGUCCAUGACUUUUCCAGCGCGCUAAAGAGUCUUGAGUGAGCUGUCAGGAUGCAUCUACGAACAGUCGCUGAAGUUAAAGUUGUGGAUGUGCAGAAGAGAAGAAACCCGUCCAAACACUAUGUGUACCUUAUCAAUGUCACUUACUCUGACUCUACUUCCCAUAUCAUCUACAGACGCUACAGCAAGUUUUUUGACCUGCAGAUGCGGAUACUUGAUAAAUUCCCGAUUGAUGGCGGCCAGAAAGACCCCAAAAAGAGGAUCAUUCCAUUUCUGCCUGGUAAGGUGUUGUUUCGGCGAAGCCACAUCAGAGACGUGGCCGUUCGACGCCUGAAGCACCUGGACAACUACUGCAAAGCCCUGUUGAAGCUCCCCUCCCACAUCUCCCAGAGUGAGGAGGUGCUUGGGUUCUUCGAAACCAACGCAGAGGACAUCAACCCUCCCAAAGAAGAUCUCGGAGGCUCCUGUAAGCGUAAAGGUCUGGACGCGUCCGACCCCAUGCUGCUGGAGCAGUACGUGGUGGUGGCCGGCUACGAGAAGCAGGAGCCGGCCGAGAUCAGCCUGCAGGCCGGGGAGGUGGUGGACGUCAUCGAGAAGAGCGAGAGUGGCUGGUGGUUUGUGAGCACCGCAGAGGAGCAGGGCUGGGUCCCCGCCACGUAUCUGAACUCCCACAGCGGAACCCGAGACGACCUCGACCUAGGGGCCUCCAAGGCUGGGGAAGUUACUAAGCGACGCAAGUCUCACCUUAAGAGGCUGGACCGGCGCUGGACUUUGGGUGGUGUCAUCAGCAGGCAGCAAAGUCGAGAGGAGAGCUAUGUCACAGUACAGCCCUACACCAGCGAGGGCAAGGACGAGAUCGCCUUCGAGAAGGGAGUGAUCGUGGAGGUCAUCCAGAAGAACCUGGAGGGAUGGUGGUUUAUCAGGUACCAGGAUAAGGAAGGCUGGGCCCCGGCCUCCUACCUGAAAAAGGUGAAGGAAGACUUCACCUCUCAGCGCAAGAAGUCGACGGCGAGCCCCGUCGAGAUCAUCGGCAACAUCAUGGAGAUCAGCAACCUGCUGAACAACAAGAAGCCGCUGAGCGAGAAGGAGACCGUGCCGCCGCCCUCCCUCCCUGAAGAGAGCCCCAUGUUGGCGCGGAGGCAGAUCAGCCUGCCACUGCCCUGCACGGAGCCCGUUGCCAAUGUGACAGGUGUCACCGCCACCACCGCAUGCCCCACCAUGCCACCCCCGCCGUUGCUGGAGGCUAAAAGCAAGGCGGAGCCGUCCUCGCCCCCUCAACCCGCCUCACCGGCCGUCGCGCGCAUCGCCCCUCAUCGGGUGGAGAUCGGAUCUCCAGUUCUGAGGCAAAAACCUCCUCCUCGAAGAGACACAACUCUGGGAUUUCAAUUGCCAUGCCCUCCAGAGCCCCCUACAGUCGAAGCCGAGUACUAUACCAUUGCGGAAUUCCAGUCAUGUAUAUCAGAUGGUAUAAGCUUCAAUGGGGGACAGAAAGCAGAGGUUAUUGAGAAGAACUCUGGUGGGUGGUGGUAUGUGCAGAUAGGAGAGCGUGAAGGCUGGGCUCCUUGCUCCUACAUCGACAAGCGCAAGAAGCCUAACCUGAACCGCCGCACCAGCACACUGACCCGGCCCAAAGUCCCGCCCCCGGCCCCGCCCGUUAAGAAGCAGGACUCUGUGGAGACCCCCGGCAGCCCUGGGUCGGAGGCCCCAGAGUCCCCGGUCUCGGCAGGACGGCCCGUCUACGAAGAGCCAGAAUACGACGUCCCCGCCAUCGGCGACCUGGACAUGGAGUCUGAGUUUGAGUUCCUGCGGGGCGGUGGGUCGCUGGUGGACUGUAAGAGCGAGGACCUGAACCAGUCGUCUUCCAAACCCAGUCCGGCGUCCUCGCCGCACAGCUCCUCGUCCAAGCUGGGCGAGUCUUUUGAGGACUGUAACGACGCAGACGGCGACGGAGAGUGCAUCUACGAGAACGAGGGCUUCAGGCCGUUCCGGAGAGAGACCCCGGAGAGACAGUGCAGCAGGGAGCCCGCCAAGAGCCCUCCGCCCGUCGUCGCCGUGGACACUGCCCGAUCGGCGUGCUCCAGCAAACCCCCGGGCAAGGCCCCCCCCACCGUGAACAAGCUCAAGAUCGACCUGAACAACAGCCUCUCAUUUUCAGCCAAAGCCGAGGAGUCACCCAGCAGCCCUAAAUCCCCUUCCUCCGGAUCCACCCCAGACCUCUCCCAGCAGUCCAGACCCCCAAGAGACCAGGAGGACCAGAGUAAGUCUGGUUCAUCCGGCAAGUGGGCCUGCAAACCAAAGCCGGUGGUGAGGCCUAAACCUCACCUCGCCAAGGCCUCCAGCGCCGACAAGAUGGACAUCAGCACCCUGAGGAGACAGCUGCGCCCCACGGGGCAGCUCAAGAACGGCUGCAAGGCCUCCAAGGGAGAGGACUCCGAGACGGCGUCGGUCAUCUCCUCCGAGGACUCCUUCUCCUCCCAGAGCACCUCGGACCUCUCGUCCACCCACUCCAAGAGCAGCCGCGGGGGGGACUUCGAGCCGGAGGGCUGCUCCGCCAGCGGCAGCCGGUACCGCACCACCGACCCGUACGAGAAGGUCCAGGACACGGAGAUCAGCUUCCCGGCCGGGGCGGAGGUGGAGGUGGUGGAGAAGCAGGAGAGCGGCUGGUGGUACGUCCGCUUGGGCGACGCCGAGGGCUGGGCGCCCACCUACUACCUGGAGCCCGUCGGGGUGCAGGACGACGCGGCCGGCUCCGAGUCGGACGGCGGCCCGUCCACCAAGUCCCCGGGCAGCGUCAGCAAGUCCAACAGCCUGGAGAAGAACGAGCAGCGCGUGCAGGCACUCAACAACAUCAACCAGAGCCUCAAGCGCGCCACCCCCCCCAUCCCCAGCAAGCCCCCCGGCGGCUUCUCCAAGCCCGGCGGCUUCUUCAACGGCUUCUCUGCUUUCAAGCACCAGAGCGGCGGAGGCGGCACCAAGCAGCAGCAGGUGGUACGGCCUCAGUCCGUCUACAUCUCGGCGCCCAUGGCCCUUUUAACGGACGUGCCGGGCGGCGCCCACCUCUCGGGCAGCCCGCGACUGCGCCGCAACGAGUCCCUCAGCGCGGCCGACCCGCCGCGCUCCAGCCCGACGGUGAGGCGCCACGCCUCCUUCGGACCCGUGCCGACACACAGCGCCAGUUCCGUGGCAAAGACGACCAUGCCCGGCAGGAACCGAUCGGGCACGGGCAGCGCCGAGUCCCUGGGCCAGAAGAACGCGACGUCGUCCCCCUCCACCAUCCCCGUGUCCACGGUGAGACCCAAGCCCCACAUCAUCCACAACAACCUGCAGCGGGAGUUGUACCUCUCCAUCGCCGAUUACCACGGUGACGAGGAGACCAUGGGCUUCCCGGAGGGCACCAGUCUGGAGGUGUUGGAGCGGAACCCCAACGGGUGGUGGUACUGCAAGGUGCUGGACAGUGGGCGACCCCGGAAAGGGUGGGUGCCUUCCAAUUACCUCGAGAAAAAACACUAGUUUCCCCCCCCCCCCCCCCCCCCCCUCUCACAGUGUGGAGAGAUGGCGACACAUCUGUACAUGCUUGUAAAAAAACGUUUACACAGAGACUUUAUUUUGUCAGUUAUAAAGAACUGAACAUCUGCCGAGAUUUGGAAACUUAACAGGUACAUCCUCUCAUCAGGCUUUAAGACCAAAUCAUGACAAGAAAUCAUGAUCAAGACUUCUUCAAAUAAAAAAAAGCAUUGGCUUUACUUUGCUCUUCUUCAAUUGUUACAUGCAACAUGAAAGACUGAAUGUAAAUUCAUGUGUUCAAUUUAUUAACAUUCUGGUUAAUAUUGUUUUAUAUUUUUACAUUUUCAAGCAUAUAAAGUUAUGCAUGUUUAAAAUGCUUUCAGUAUAUUGACAAUGCCAAAGGCUGGUAAGCUUUUCUACUUUUCGAUUGAUGAAGAAAACAACCAAAAACGAUGUUUGCGAACCCUCUGUCAUCGUCGUAUUGUUUUGUUGCAUGGCUUGUUUCUUAUUUUGAUAUUUUACCCAUUUCAUGCUCUUAAAGUAUUACUUUGUCUAAUAAGAAAAAAGUAUUGUCUUUCUUAUUUAAACAUGUACCACCAAAUCUCUGAUGCAAUCCAAAUAACCCCUCGUUAAUAAUUUCAUUUUUAUGGUGCGAUUUCAGCAAUUAAUUACAUUUUUAUUACCUCCCUUUUUUAAACAGCUGACAAUAUUUAUGAACACUUUGUAAAAUAAACAAUAAAGAAAAAGGAUUUUAGUGGUAUGAACAACUACCUUGUGCCGGGAUAGGAGUCUCAUUAUUUUAUGAAGUCAUUUGAGGCCAAAUUGUAAAUUAAAAAAAUAAUGAAUCAAGCAUAAUCUCGAUUGCCUUUUCAGUUUCUGCUGGGCAGUAAAAUUGACUUCAGCUUUAAGUUACAGACGCUCAUUAUUGUUUUAUAAUAACUGUGUGAACAACGAUGAUAACCGUGCCAAAUUAAGUAAAUAAAUGCACUUCAAUGCACAUAAUCAUUGGCUCAGUCUUAUUUAUUAUAAGUUGUAUCUUCGUUCUUUCUAUUGUUUUCCUCUCGUGUCAUCAGUGAGAUUUAUUGUGCUUCAGAACAAUUUUCUAUGAAAACGUUCUCAUUCAGAAAUUAGGUAGUUAUUAUUAUAACUUGAAACCCUCAUAUGCCAUUUGUCUAAGUAAGUACUAAAUAAUACGUAGCCUACCUAUAAUAUUGCCACCAGGCCAGCAAUAUAUUGAAACUGUCCGGCUAACAAGUAGGCCUACUUCUUAUAGCCUCUGGAGGGCAGCAUUACUUAGCACUUUAACAGCCUAAUCACAGCCACUUUUAUGAGAUUUACAGUGAAGAACAUGUCCAGUGAAUAUCUAGAAAACAGAUAUUUGGUUUUUGAGAUGUAGGCUAUUGAAGUGUCCAAACCAUGUAUCUGUAUUCUGACAUAUUGUCAGAAAUGGAUCCGAUACAGCAGGGGUCUCAAACUCAACUUACCUGGGGGCCGCUGGAGGUAGAGUCUGGGUCAGGCUGGGCCGCAUCAAGUAUUCCACAGAAAAAAGGAGCACAACUGACCCAAUCUAAGUUAAUGAUCGGGCUAUAAUUAGAUAACUCUCGCUAUGUAAUCGCUGACAAAAGGGGAAAAUUCCUAGUCGUUGGUGGAAACCAGGACAUUUUAGCGUCCUUUGGCUUUUGUCGGGACAUCUGGUCACCCUACCACAAGUGAUAAAAAAGCGUGGCAAGCGACUCAGCAGAAAUGUGCGUUCGACAACAAUGUGCGGGCCGCACUAACGCUAAAUUUUGAUGUCAAGUAGAGGGCCAAAAAAUAUCAUCCCGCGGGCCUCAAUUGGCCCCCGGGCCGCGAGUUUGAGACCCCUGCGAUACAGGUCAUUGAGGAGCAUUUCCUGCAGGACAUCAGGAAAUGAUUCGUUGUCGGAUGCCUACUGAGGUAUGUUUGUAACUUGUAGACAUUCAACCCACCUACAUUUUGCCUGGGAGGCCCUGGAACAUCCUGGCUACUACACUUCACCCGACCACCAUUUAUUUUUUCCCUCUAAGAUUCAAAGAAGGACAGGUUCACUGCAAGGUCUCAAUGGAAAGUCUGUGUGUACACGCACACACGCACACCAACUACAUUCGCGCCCCGCUUAACAUCCACAACCCUCCCCCUUACCCGACGCCUGUUUCAUGUCUGCGUGUCACACACACCCUGCGGGUCCAAUCUG